UCUGUGCAGGGGUCAGGAGGAGUGGACCCUACAUCCAGCCGUGUAUGAUUGGAGUGUAGCGGACAGAAACAACACAACUUUUCCCUUCUUGCCUCAAAGAGUCUACAUGUCUAUCUGAUGGACAUGUUCAGCUUUGUGGAUUUGCGCUUCUUGGUGCUGCUCAGCGCAGCGGUGCUACUGGUCCGAGCGCAGGGCGAGGACGACCGUACUGGGGGCAGCUGUACUCUGGAUGGACAGGUGUUCGCUGACCGAGAUGUCUGGAAACCAGAGCCAUGCCAGAUCUGUGUGUGUGACAGCGGCACCGUCAUGUGCGAUGAAGUGAUCUGUGAAGACACCUCCGACUGCCCCAACCCCGUCAUCCCCCACGACGAGUGCUGCCCCAUCUGCCCGGACGACGGCUUCCAGGAGCCUCAGGUUGAGGGACCCAAAGGAGACCGUGGCGCUAAAGGAGACAGGGGUCUUCCUGGUCCUCCCGGUAACGAUGGCAUCCCUGGACAGCCCGGUCUUCCCGGACCCCCCGGACCCCCCGGACCUCCUGGCCUUGGUGGAAACUUCUCCCCUCAGAUGUCCGGCGGAUUCGAUGAGAAGUCACCUGCCAUGUCUGUUCCUGGACCAAUGGGCCCCAUGGGACCCCGUGGACCCCCUGGAUCCCCUGGCGCUAGUGGACCUCAGGGAUUCACUGGUCCCCCUGGUGAGCCUGGUGAGGCUGGAGCUUCCGGUCCCAUGGGUCCUCGUGGUGCUGCUGGUGCCCCUGGCAAGAACGGAGAGGAUGGUGAGUCUGGUAAGCCCGGCCGUGCUGGUGAGCGUGGACCCCCUGGUCCCCAGGGAGCCCGUGGUUUCCCAGGUACCCCUGGUCUUCCCGGCAUCAAGGGACACAGAGGAUUCAGCGGUCUGGAUGGAGCUAAGGGAGAAACCGGCCCUGCUGGACCCAAGGGAGAGGGUGGAGCCUCUGGUGAGAAUGGAACCCCCGGCGCAAUGGGCCCUCGUGGUCUGCCUGGUGAGAGAGGUCGCGCUGGUCCCCCUGGAGCUGCUGGAGCUCGUGGUAACGACGGUGCUGCUGGUGCUGCUGGACCUCCUGGCCCCACCGGUCCUGCUGGUCCUCCUGGAUUCCCCGGUGGCCCUGGAACCAAGGGAGAACUCGGUGCUCAGGGAGCUCGCGGUUCCGAGGGCCCCGCUGGAGCCCGCGGAGAACCCGGUAACCCCGGACCUGCUGGACCUGCUGGACCCGCUGGCAACAACGGAGCUGACGGUGCCGCCGGUGUUAAGGGUGCUCCUGGUGCUUCUGGUAUUGCUGGAGCUCCUGGUUUCCCCGGACCUCGCGGACCCCCUGGAGCCCAGGGAGCAGGUGGUGCCCCUGGACCCAAAGGAAAUACUGGUGAGAUCGGAGCCCCCGGAGCCAAGGGAGAGGCUGGCGCCAAGGGAGAGGCUGGAUCCCCAGGAGUGCAAGGACCCCCAGGACCCGCUGGUGAGGAGGGAAAGAGAGGACCCCGUGGAGAGCCCGGUGCUGGUGGAGCCCGUGGACCCCCCGGAGAACGUGGUGCACCUGGCGGUCGUGGUUUCCCUGGUGCUGAUGGUUCAGGUGGCCCUAAGGGUGCCCCUGGUGAGCGCGGAGGCCCUGGAGUUGUUGGACCCAAGGGAGCCACUGGUGAGCCUGGCCGCAACGGUGAGCCUGGUUUGCCCGGAUCUAAGGGAAUGACUGGCAGCCCUGGCAGCCCUGGACCUGACGGCAAGCUGGGAGCUACUGGACCCGCUGGACAAGAUGGCCGCCCCGGACCCCCUGGCUCUGUUGGCGCCAGAGGCCAACCCGGAGUCAUGGGAUUCCCCGGACCCAAGGGAGCCGCUGGUGAGGGUGGAAAGCCCGGUGAGAGAGGAGUGAUGGGACCCACUGGUGCCGUUGGUGCCCCUGGUAAGGACGGUGAUGUUGGUGCUCCUGGUGCCCCUGGACCUGCUGGCCCUUCUGGUGAGAGAGGAGAGCCCGGAGCUGCUGGACCUCCUGGAUUCCAGGGUCUGCCUGGACCUCAGGGAGCCAUUGGUGAGACUGGCAAGCCCGGAGAGCAGGGUCUGUCUGGUGAGGCUGGUGCUCCUGGACCCUCUGGUGCUAGAGGCGACAGAGGAUUCCCCGGUGAGCGUGGUGCUCCUGGUCCUGCCGGACCUGCCGGUGCCCGUGGUUCCCCCGGUUCUGCUGGUAACGAUGGUGCUAAGGGAGAUGCUGGUCUGCCUGGUGCUCCAGGAGCCCAGGGCCCCCCCGGACUCCAGGGCAUGCCAGGUGAGCGCGGUGCCGGCGGACUGCCAGGACUCAAGGGAGACAGAGGUGACCACGGAGUUAAGGGUGCUGAUGGUGCCCCUGGUAAGGAUGGUAUCCGUGGUAUGACUGGUCCUAUUGGACCCCCUGGACCUGCUGGAGCUCCUGGUGAUAAGGGAGAGCCUGGUGCUGCCGGACCUGUUGGACCUGCUGGAGCCCGUGGUGGACCUGGUGAGCGUGGUGAGGCCGGUCCUCCUGGACCUGCUGGAUUCGCCGGACCUCCUGGUGCUGAUGGUCAGCUUGGUGCUAAGGGAGAGGCUGGAGAUAAUGGUGCUAAGGGAGAUGCUGGACCCCCCGGACCUGCUGGACCCACUGGUGCCCCUGGACCUCAGGGUCCUGUUGGAAACACCGGCGCUAAGGGAGCCCGCGGCCCCGCUGGACCUCCUGGUGCUACUGGUUUCCCUGGUGCUGCUGGCAGAGUUGGACCUCCUGGCCCCUCUGGUAACCCUGGACCCCCUGGCCCUGCUGGACCCGCUGGAAAAGAGGGUCAGAAGGGAAAUCGUGGAGAGACUGGUCCCGCCGGUCGCCCCGGUGAGCUCGGAGCUGCUGGACCCCCAGGAGCCCCUGGAGAGAAGGGAAGCCCCGGAGCAGAGGGAGCUAAUGGACCCUCUGGUAUCCCUGGACCUCAGGGUAUUGCCGGACAGCGUGGUAUUGUUGGUUUGCCCGGACAGAGAGGAGAGAGAGGAUUCCCUGGCCUGCCCGGACCUUCUGGAGAGCCUGGAAAGCAGGGACCUGGUGGACCCGGCGGUGAGCGUGGACCUCCUGGACCCAUGGGACCCCCUGGACUCGCUGGAGCCCCUGGUGAGGCUGGACGUGAGGGAACCCCCGGUAAUGAGGGUGCUGCUGGUCGUGACGGACCUGCUGGACCCAAAGGAGACCGUGGUGAGUCUGGUGCCGCUGGUGCUCCUGGUGCCCCCGGACCCCCUGGUGCCCCCGGACCUGUCGGACCUGCUGGAAAGACUGGUGACCGUGGAGAGACUGGUCCUGCUGGCGUUGCUGGUCCCGCUGGACCUUCUGGACCUCGUGGCCCUGCUGGCGCUGCUGGUGCUCGUGGAGACAAGGGUGAGACAGGAGAGGCUGGAGAGAGAGGCAUGAAGGGACACCGAGGAUUCACUGGCAUGCAGGGACCCCCCGGACCCUCUGGACCUUCUGGAGAGCAAGGACCCGCUGGUACUGCUGGACCUGCUGGACCCAGAGGUCCUGCUGGAGGUGCUGGUGCUGCUGGAAAGGACGGUAUGAGCGGUCUGCCCGGACCCACUGGACCUCCUGGACCUAGAGGACGCUCUGGAGAGAUGGGACCUGCUGGACCUCCUGGACCUCCCGGACCCCCUGGACCCCCAGGUGCCCCCGGUGGCGGAUUCGACAUUGGCUUCAUUUCCCAGCCCCAGGAGAAGGCCCCUGAUCCCUUCCGUCACUUCCGUGCUGAUGACGCCAACGUCAUGCGUGACCGUGACCUGGAGGUAGACAGCACCCUGAAGAGCCUCAGCCAGCAGAUCGAGCAGAUCCGCAGCCCCGACGGAACCCGCAAGAACCCCGCCAGAACCUGCCGUGACCUCAAGAUGUGCCACCCUGACUGGAAGAGCGGCAUGUACUGGAUCGACCCUGACCAGGGCUGCACUCAGGAUGCCAUCCAGGUCUACUGCAACAUGGAGACCGGAGAGACAUGUGUGUCACCAACACAGAGCGAGGUGCCCAAGAAGAACUGGUACACCAGCAAGAACAUCAAGGAGAAGAAGCACGUCUGGUUCGGAGAGGCCAUGACCGACGGAUUCCAGUUCGAGUAUGGCAGCGAGGGCUCUCUGCCUGAAGAUGUGAACAUCCAGAUGACAUUCCUGCGCCUGAUGUCCACCGAGGCGUCUCAGAACGUCACCUACCACUGCAAGAACAGCGUGGCGUACAUGGACGCCUCCGCUGGCAACCUGAAGAAAGCCCUGCUCCUCCAGGGCUCCAAUGAGAUCGAGAUCCGCGCUGAGGGCAACAGCCGCUUCACUUACAGCGUCCUGGAGGACGGAUGCACGUCACACACUGGCGCAUGGGGUAAGACAAUCAUCGACUACAAGACAACGAAAACGUCCCGCCUGCCCAUCAUUGACAUCGCUCCUAUGGACGUCGGUGCUCCAGACCAAGAGUUUGGCCUUGAAAUUGGACCCGUCUGCUUCUUGUAAAAAGAGAAAUCUGGACUUAAAAUUGUUGUUGUGUGUGUGUUUUAUGUUUUCUAACAGUCAUCUCUCUCUAAAAAAAAACCCCAACAAAACGUUUUUUUAAAGCCUUUUUUUUUUUUGAAAACUGGCCCCUCGCUCCUGUUUCUAGAAGUUUCCUUUGGGCCGUUGUUUUGAUUGGUCCACUUCUCCUAAAGCCUGCACUUCCACAAGAUGGCGCUGAUGUGGCCAUGUCCGCAUCGCUGUUUGGGACCACUACUUCUUUUGUUUCUGUUUUUUUUUUUUUUUUUUUUUUUACGUCCACCAACACCAAGGAUACUUCGGAGAAGACAUUUUUUCCCACCGGGGUCAAGAAAAUAAUAUAUGCUUGUGUAAAGUGUAAAAAAUUCACAUCCAACCUCCAUCCCCCCAAAGCUACCCUCUCUGGAGUUUACAGAAAAACUUUGAUUUAGUUUUUUAUUUUGUUUUGUUUUUCACGGCUGUGGUGAGAGGGGAUUUAAAGGACAAUCACAGCAGACACCCCCAUGUGCUUUGUACAACGUUUCAGGUGUUGAUGAAUAAACGGUCAAACUGA